GCACUCAAACAGCCCUUCAUGGAGAAGAAGGUUCCCCACACCUGGAGUAUACAAUGUCUUCCCGAGAAUCAUGCGCCGCCUGCGAGGGACGCAUCAGCAGGCCUUCGAGUACAAUGACUUCAUCCACGCUCUAGUGGAGGAACAAGUCCAAAGACACAAGGAAAGAUGGAAAGAAAGCAGGGAACCAGAUGAUCUCAUUGACCUCUACCUGGACCAAAUGGCAAAGAGCAAAGAUGACCCGACAUCCACUUUCAAUGAAGAUAACUUGGUUCAAACUGUUGUUGACCUUCUGAUUGGAGGGACAGUGAGUACAACUACCAUCCUGUGCUGGGGACUGCUUUACUUGCUAAAACAUCCAGACGUUCAAGAAAAAAUCCAUGAGGAAAUAGAUGCCAUCCUGAGACCUUCUCAUAUCAUCACAUAUGAAGACCGGAUUAAACUGCCGUACACCAAUGCCGUGCUCCAUGAGGUCAUGCGCCACAGCAGCGUUUCAAUCACCGGUCCCUUUCGGAAGUGCUUGGAGGACAUCACUCUGCUGGGGUUCCCCCUUCAAAAGGGAACUCUCGUACUGCCCAACCUCCAUUCCGUGCUGCAUGAUCCAGAGUACUGGGAGAGCCCUUGGAGAUUCAACCCAAGGCAUUUCCUCGAUCCAGAAGACAAUUUUGUGAACAACAAAGCCUUCUUACCUUUUUCAACAGGGCGCCGUGCAUGCGUCGGAGAACCAUUAGCACGGAUUGAACUCUUCAUCUUCUUCACUAACCUGUUGCGUGCCUUCAAGUACCAGCUACCGGAGGGAGAAAAGGAAGUCAGUUUAGAAGCUAUUAAUGUGGGUGUGUGCCAGCCACACCCAUACAAGGUCCUCGCUCUCCCACGCUAACCAACCUGACCGCAGUCCGCUUCCGGGAGGAACAGUUGGUUGGGUCAGGCAGAGAGCCUUUGACAGCGUCUCUUUCUGCCAUUCUCAUCAAGGCACACAGUGGCACCAAAGCUUCUUUGAGUUGCCACCAUCCACCUUAGUUACUUGUUGCUCAGGAGAGCUUCAAUACACACACACACACACAGAGGAGCCUCCCAGGAAGAACAAUUACUGGCAAUUUUUACCUCCCCAAGUGAGAGAUGGGGAAAUGACUGAGAGGGGAGACCUAGGCAGGAAGUUGGCCACAAGCGACAGGUGUGGCUACCAGCCAAUGCCUGGAAGUUAAGUGUAGCGAACUUCUGUGGAAUGCUUUGGAAUGGUGAUUCUCCCCUUCCCCAUUUCUUAUACAUCAUUUCACUGAGUUAGGCACUAUACUCUUGCCUGUUUAGUUUUAAAAUAGGUUAGUUUAGUUGCAUCGUUUUUAUACAAUGUUUUAUGGACUUACUUCCCUUGUUUGUACUUAUCAGUAUUACUGUUUCUAAUUUUUCCUAACAUUUUUUACCAUUAUUAUUCUUACUGUAGUCCAUUUUAUAUAUUGUGAGCCACCUUUGGGCACAAUUUGUGGAAAUCACACUUCGUGACUGUGACAAAAUGGACUAUAGCCUCCAAAUGUUUCUGUCCUAAUAAAUUUGAUAGCCUCUAAGGUA